CUGUCAAAUUUCUAAUUUCAGUUUGUUUACAAAGAGAUUCUUUGGCUGUCAGAUUUUUAUUUUCGAAAAAAUACGCAACGUUGAUAAAUUCUGUAAUCCAGAUCUUAAGAACUUAAUCCAAACAAGGGAAUCAGUUUAAAUUAUCGCAGUGGAAAGCCGGCAACAUCGAUAUAGUGACAUGUUGAAUGAGGACACGCCGUAACGAAAUAUGAUUUACUUAAUUCAUAAACACCGGUUUUUUGUGUCGUACUAACAAAAAUAUGUGGUUGGUCGUGGCGUACACAAAAGGCUGUUUAGUUUUGAAAAUACUCGAGAAAAUUUAAUUGUUACAAACUCGGUCCGAAAUGGAAGUUGAAGUGAAAGAAAACGAACAGGAAUUAGUGCCAGGGGACGUUAAAAAGACCCUCGUAUCGAAUGAUAGAAAGUUAUCAUGGUCCGAGCUCAGAACCCUAGUCAGCGAGCUCAGGAGACAGCUGUCCGGGUUAUCUACUAUGGUUCCUACAUCGUUUACCUUUAGAACGUUACAGGAUGGGCGAACAAGAAUUUAUUUUUUAAGCACUCCUCAAAAUGGCUGGGAAACAACCCUACUUUUUACCGAUAUUCCAAACACCAGCCAGCCAAACAGCUUAAAACUGCAAUGGCAGUGUGUUUUAGAUUUAAAUUUUCCCUAUUUAUCUUCAUGCAACAGAUCUUCCAAGGAAGAGCAACUUCUGUGGGAAAGAAAAAGAUUGACAACUUGGGGUAUUAACAGUUACGAGAUCCAUGAGCAUUCUGGAAAAAUUGUUUUCCCUGCAGCUAGUAGCUUGUUUCAAUGUGUAGAUAGUGGAUUUACGAAUGGCCAGUUGUUUCCGACUAAACUACGAAUGACUUCUAUGGGUGCUAAGCUGAACCCACAAAUAUGCCUGUCUAACCCUGAACUGGUGGCGUAUAUUUGUAACCAUGACAUUUGGGUCACCCACACAGUAUCUGGUUCAAAUGUUAGAAUAACGUAUGCCCACAAAGGAGGAAGGAAUUUAUCAGAUGAUCCAUUAAGUGCUGGAGUACCAUCUUAUGUUAUGCAGGAAGAGUUCUGCAGGUACCAAGGCUAUUGGUGGCAGCCCAAGUGCACAGACGGUGUAUAUAGAAUCCUCUAUGAAGAAGUGGACGAGGGCGAAGUCAAAGUGUUCUGGUUUCCUUCCUGCCAAGCAGAGGGCGACAUGGAGGAGUUCCGGUUUCCUAGAGCGGGUUGUGCCAAUUCCAAGUCGUACUUGAAACUUGUAGAGUUCAAACUCAACGACCACUUGCAGAUCGUUGACUUGUCUCUCUUGGACUUGCAGUUUUCUUUGAAUGUGUUGUUUCCUUGGAUGGAAUAUAUGGUUCGGGUUGGAUGGACACCUGAUGCAGAAUAUAUUUGGGUGCAACUACUAGACCGCCGACAACAACACCUAGAACUAGUCCUGCUAUCCCUCAGCAACUUCACUCAGGAUCUUCCCUACUUUAACAAUUCCUCUUGCAAAAUGAACAACUCCGUCUCCGACAGUCCCAUAGUCCAAGUGAUCUACAGGCAGGACUCGCAGUAUUGGAUCAACGUGCACGAUUUGCUGUACUUUUUGCCGUCCGACGACCACAACGAGGUCAAAUUCAUCUGGGCCAACGAGGAUACUGGUUACAGACAUUUGUAUUUGAUCACUGCCCAAAUUUCAUCAAUGGCCAAUGGCGUCACUGAAGCAUCUCAGUCCACAGACUAUGUAUUCCUGGCUCCGAAAAUCACGUCCAAAGUCCAGCUGACGUCCGGCGAUUGGGAGGUGAUGGGACCGGACUUAUGGGUGCAAGAUGUGAAGCAAUUAGUUUAUUUUAUGGGACUGAAGGAGACUCCUCUGGAAAAACACUUAUACGUGGUAUCUCUAAAGCGGCCAGGCGAGAUACGACUGCUUACUAGGCCGGGAUAUUCGUAUAUAGUGGAGUUUAAUGGGGACUGUUCACUGUUAGUAACUCUGUACAGUAACAUUCAAAAACCGCCCGCUUGUCAAGUAUUCAGGGUUGAUGAGUCAGAAUGGACUGUAGAGGGCGUUAACUUGACUCCCUUAGGUUACCUGGUGGAAACACCAACGUCCGUGAGUGAGUGCUACUCACCAGAUUUAUAUACUCACAAAAUUAGCUCAGGUCAUGUUUUAUAUGCAAUGGUGUUCAAACCUCAUCAUUUUGAACCGGAUAAAAAGUAUCCUACUAUUUUGAACGUGUAUGGCGGUCCAGAGGUCCAGUUAGUAUCAAACACUUUCAAGGGUAUGAGACAACUAAGGAUGCACAUGUUGGCCGCAAGGGGAUACUGCGUAGUAGCGAUUGAUUCCAGAGGGUCUUUUCACAGAGGUAUUCAUUUUGAAGGGCAUAUUAAAGGCAAAAUGGGCACGGUAGAACUCAGCGAUCAGGUCGAAGUACUGAGGUGGUUAGCGGAUACCUUGGGCUACAUUGAUUUAGAAAGGGUGGCAAUUCAUGGAUGGUCCUAUGGAGGGUAUUUGAGUCUGAUGGGCCUAAUUCAUUACCCGAACGUCUUUAAAAUAGCUAUAGCUGGUGCUCCAGUUACAAAUUGGAAUUUGUACGAUACGGGAUACACGGAAAGGUAUAUGGAUUUACCUGCACAUAAUAUCGAUGGCUACAGUGAAGGUUCAGUUUUAAAUUUCGUUCACAACUUCCCAGACGAGGAAAAUCGUCUAUUGAUAAUACACGGUCUGAUAGACGAAAACGUCCACUUUUAUCACACCACUCAGUUGAUCAACAGCAUGAUCAAAGCAGGAAAACCGUAUCAGUUACAGAUCUACCCGAACGAAAGACACUCAUUGCGUCACCUGGAUUCAAGCAAACACUACGAAACUACUUUGUUGUCUUUCCUACAAAAUAACCUUUAAAAGCGGGUCUUUCUUUGGUUUGAAGAUCUCAAUAUUGGUGCAAUCUUAUAGCGAACUGUUUCGGCACUAUGAGCUUGUAUAAGUAACGAUGACUCUCGUUAAUACGGUAAUUUGCAGAAUUUAAUAAAUGUAUAGUGAUAUUUUUA